GGUGUUUUUUUUAUUCCUAAAUUAAAUUUUAGUCCCCAUCUUUUUGUUUCUUUAAUAAAAUUUUAACUUAAUUAAUAACAAAAGCAAAAAAAAUUCAUAGUUGAAUUAAAAAAUUAAAUUUGAACGGAAACUAUCUAAAUAAGUGUUACGUUUUAAAUCGUAAUUUCUAUAUCAAUAUGUACAUGUCCUUUUGAAGUUGCUUUUGCCAAAAGGUUUGCCUUAAUUUAAUUUGAAAUUUGACUCUUGGCCCAAAAAAAGGACAUCUUCUUUCCAUUUAUAUAGAGAAAACUACUUUAUUAUUUAGCAACAUUGCAUUGUAAUCCUCCAAGAAGUGACAUGGCUUACUCAAAUUCAUAUAUGUUUCUUGGUUUGGGACUUUUUAUUAUUCUCUCUUCUCAAGUUCUAGCUCAAGUUCCUCUUCUUCUUCCGCCACCUCCACCUCCUCCUCCUACAAUUAUUUAUAUUAUAAACACAAUGGAAACCCCAAUGACAACUGUGGAUAGUUAUGCUGGCCUGAUGCAUGAAGUGACACUUCUAGAAGCUGAAGCUGAUCGGAUGACUUUCCGUGCAAAUUUGAUAAAGAAGAAUGUUGCUAAAUCUAUUCAUCAAAGCCGUAAAUUUCUAAAUCAUUUAUUUGAUGAAGAAGAUAAAGUUUCCAAAAGUAAUGAGGAAGAUAAAGUUUCCAUAACUAGUAAGGAAGAUAAAGUUUUCAGAUAUGACGAGGAAGACAAAAUUUCAAAUAAUGAAGAGAAAAAAAAAGUUUUAAAAAAUGAGGAGAAAGAGAAGGUUUUUAAAAGUGACAAGGAAGAUAAAGUUUUCAAAAAUGAUAAUAAAAAUACAAUUACAAAUUAAAAAUAAUGAAAAAAAAUGAAGUUUACCAAUGUGACGAAGAAGAUAAACUUUCUUUAAUAUUUCCCCUGUAUUAAUAGCAUGGAAAAAUUUAUAUCUUAAUUGUAUAAAUAAAAGGGUGAAAGUAGACAUUAUACUUAUAACUUGCCAUAUAUAUACAUCAAAAAUUGAGUUA